GCGCGCGCGCGCCCCCGUCGCUUACUGCCGCUCGAGGAGGUUGUGGCGGUGAGAUCAUGUGAGAGAGUCCACGCUUGGAGAAAGUAGGUUAGCAGGGUAGAGUGAGAGGAAGGCGCUGACUGUGUGGACCACCGUGCGCACCGUGAGGAGGAUUCUGGCCGAAUCGCUACGCCGGUCGCAAGGGCGUUUAGGAUGCAAUGCAAUCCAAAGAGACUUUCUCCACUCUUUUAAUUCGCUCGGACUUCACCGAACGAUAGACGACACUUGGAGGUGUUUUUUCCUCCCCACUCCGCCCCACUCUUGCCUUUUCCCCUCGCGGAUCCAGUCUGCGGUCGGGAAGAAGAGACAUUAUUAUUUACACAGCCGAUUCUUCCUGCCAGUCACCUGCAGCGCACCCAAAUGUAGCCACGCUUCCUUCUCUUAACAAGAAGCAGACGUCAAAAUGAGAGCUCAAAUUGAGGUCAUCCCUUGUAAAAUCUGCGGGGACAAGUCCUCGGGGAUCCACUAUGGGGUCAUCACCUGCGAAGGCUGCAAGGGGUUCUUCCGUCGCAGCCAACAAAACAAUGCCAUGUACUCUUGCUCCCGCCAGAGGAACUGUUUGAUCGACAGAACGAACCGCAACCGUUGCCAGCACUGCCGUCUACAGAAGUGUUUGGCUUUGGGCAUGAGCCGAGAUGCGGUGAAGUUUGGCCGUAUGUCCAAAAAGCAGCGGGACAGUCUCUAUGCUGAAGUGCAGAAGCAUCAGAAAUCUCAGGAGUGUGUGGACUCGGUAGAUUUGGGCUCCACUGCUCUGUCCUUACCUCGAGAGGACGGUGCAUGUGGGGCUAGCGGUGAGGAUGGCGAGGAAGGUCUGAGCCGUUCCUACAGCACCGGGGGCUCCAGCUCCACGCUCAGCGACCUCGAUGACAUUGCAGCACUUCCUGACCUAUUCGACCUACCACUGACCCCGGAGGAGGCCAGCGAGUACUGCAGCCUGGAGCUACUGGGAGGCAGUGGAGGGACCAGCACGGGAAACACCUCCAACUCAUCAUCCGCUUCGUCUUCUUCCUCAUCCCCGUCCAAUCAGAAUUCUCCGCAGCAAACAAUGUUGGAUGGCUCAGAUGGCAAUGGCAUCCAGCUUCUGCACUCACAUUCUCACUCGCAUCCGCUGCUCGAAGACACAGACGCACUGCUGGAUCCAUUACCUGAUGACUGCUCGGUAACAGAACUUGAGCGAAUCACCCAGUGUAUUUUGAAAUCUCACUUGGAGACAUGUCAGUACAGUGCAGAGGACAUGAAAAGAUUCACUUGGGUACAAUACACACCUGAGGAAACGCGUUCUUUUCAGAACAAGUCAGCUGAGUGGAUGUGGCAACAGUGCGCACACCACAUAACCAAUGCAAUCCAGUAUGUGGUGGAGUUUGCCAAACGGAUAGCUGGCUUUAUGGAUCUUUGCCAGAAUGACCAGAUUAUUUUGCUGAAAGCAGGAUGCCUGGAGGUCCUGCUGAUCCGCAUGUGCCGGGCUUUUAACGUCAACAACAGCACCAUUUUCUUCAAUGGAAAAUUUGCCUCGCCUCAUUUCUUCAAGGCACUUGGUUGCGAUGACCUGGUGAAUGCGGUGUUUGAACUGGCCAAAGGACUCUGUCGCCUCCAGCUGUCUGAUGAAGAGAUGGCUCUCUUCAGUGCAGCUGUCCUUCUCUCGCCUGAUCGGCCCUGGCUAAUGGAUGGCCAAAAGGUUCAAAAGCUUCAGGAAAAGGUUUACCUGGCUCUGCAGCACAGUCUUCAUAAGAGUGCGUCUGAGGAGAAACUGGACAAGAUGCUGUCCAAACUACCGGUCAUGAAGUCCAUUUGUCACCUCCACAUUGAUAAACUGGAGUUUUUCCGUCUGGUCCACCCAGAGACCGCAUACAGUUUUCCUCCACUGUAUCGGGAGGUGUUUGGAACUGACAUGUCCCUGCCCGAUUCCACCCACAGCUAGACAGACAGACUGACCGACACAAAGACUGACUGACUGACAGAGAGAUGGAGGGAGUGCAUUUAGGGGAAGUGAAAAUGAGAGACAGAGUCGGAUAUAUAUGUUGACGUUCAACAACCAGCAGUUA